AUGUCCUUUGGAGGUAGCAUCCAACAGGGGCGCGUCACCCUCACGCUGCACCGCGCGGAGUCCCUCGUCGCUCUCAACACGGACGGCAGCUCGGACCCCUACGUGACGGCCACGAUUGGCCAGCAGACGCAGGCAACCGCCGUGGUUCGCGGAACAACGAACCCGUCGUUUGACGCCACCCUCACCUUCACCGCCUGCCCCUUGCCGACCAUUCUGACGCUGCGGGUGCUCAACAAGGCAACGCAGGGCGGGACGGACGAGCUGCUCGGCAGCGCCACCCUGACACUCUUCUCGGCCCUGCCAAUGACCCGCCGCACGCUGCCGCUCGGGCACGGCGGUAACGUUGCGCUCUCGCAAAAGGCUCGUGAUGGCUGCGGCUCACUGGAAAUAUCGUACGAGGUUGCCAUCGUGACACCGGGCGAGGUGGCGGCGCAGACCCAACAGAGUGCGGCCAACGACGACCUUCCAGAGUUUUUGCGCGACGAUAGUGGACCCGGGAAGCUCACCUCGGCGUACGCUGCGUUAGAAAAACACGAGCCCGCGGCCGCGCCACAAUGGGCGUUUCCAACUUCCCUCGGUGGGCCUCUUGAAGUUCCGCAGGUGUCACAGCCACCGCAGCCGGUGCAGCCUGUACCCGCGCAACCGCCGCAGCUUUCGUUGGUGUCCGCCGCAACACAACCGCCACCUCUGCAGCAGCCAAGCGCCGCCGGUGCGCCGAAUGGGGUACUUGGGGUGGUUGCGACCCAGCCUUCUCUGCAUAAUUCCAGUGAGCGUGUGACGCCGCAGAACCCUGUUAUGAUUGCCUCACUGCCGCCGUCGUCGGUGGUGCCGAUGCAGCAGUUGCCCGCCAAUCCGUCCUUUUCUGUCGCCAGAAGUGUGGAAUCGCUAAAGAUGCCCGGCUUUUCAAGCGGUCAAUACCCUGUCGCCGCUAAUAGUCCGGUUAUUCCCGCUGCGCAGUCAUUGCAUGUUAUGCAGCCAUGCGUGCACGGCACCGCGGCGGUAGAUGAUGCUGGAAAUGUACAGCAGGUGGGAAGUGCAAGUGGCGCCAUGGCGGGGGGAGGUGGCUCGCGGCAGGUGCCGCCUCCCCCGUCACAGCCAACCGUCCGAUUCACGCCAGUGGCAACGCCCCCUUCAGUGAACGGCAGUCUGACGCCUAACUCGACCUUCGCCUCGUCCUCUACUCCCACUCCUAGUUGUACUCGACCCCAACAGGAGGCUCCUGUGCAGCUUCGGCAGCAGCAAGGGGCCGUGAAUUCUUUGCUCCCCGCGGCAACUGCUGGAGUGCCACCGCCGCCACCGCCGCCGCCGCCGCCGCCACCAGCACCAGCACCACCAUCAGUAACGGCGCCGUCAGGCACCGUUACGGGGGCAGGAGCUGCACCCACGGCCGCACCGACCACCACGACUGCCGCGGGGGGGAAUGAUGCAAAGCCUAAAAAAAAAGUGACUGUCAUGGCGUACGUGAAGGAGCGCAGUGGGAGUGCUGCAGCGUCGCCGCCCUCGACGGCGACGACGACUAAUACCUCAGCCACGAAAAGGGCAGCGGUGAAGGCCGUACCCCUGGCUGAUCGUGGGCCCCACCGCACGGCUGCAAUUUCCAUGCGGGAUAACCGUCGCUCUUUGUCUGCCGGUGGCACACGUUCCUCCUCUCGCGGACGCACGCCAGCCGCGGCGGCGGCGGCGGCGCUUGGCACCGCCCACAGCUCCCUCGCGUUGUACCAGUGGCCUGACGAGCUUCUUGCGGCUGCUGCGGAGGGGAACACGGCCUUGUUCCAAAAGCUUCGCGAUGAUGAUCCGCUGCUGUCGCGUGGUUUUGAGAAUGUGCGAGACUACUCAGGCCGCACCAUCUUGCACAUUGCCGCGUGGUACGGCCACACGGAUGUUCUCAAGAUACUCUUGCAGGCCUCGCCGUCGGUGCCAAUAAUAGAGCUACGGGCCCUGCGCUCCCACAACGGCAACACCAUUUUGCACAGCGCGGCGCAGGGCGGUCGGGCGGAGGUUGUGCAGUGGCUGCGUUUUGGGCACCCGGCUACAGGGGCGCUGGUUGGGCUGCGCAACGUGCACGGCUUCACCGCCACGGACUGCGCCCGCGAGGCUGGCUUUACAAACGUUGCAGCGAUGCUUGACGAGUCGUAG